AUGUCUCACACCCAAGAGCCAGUCGAACUCAUAAGUCCAUACAGUUCUGCGUAUCAUACAACCCCAUACAAAUAUGAGGGACUCUCGCACAAAAGUCGACCGUCUUUCACGUCACUAGGCUCACUUAACCGAAAGCGGGCUUCCACCGCUUACAAUCCUAUUCAUGGGGCAGACGAGCCUGAUCACAUUCGCUUUUCGCAACACAUUCCACAAAACAUCCAACAAUUCGCCGAGGAUCGACUACAACCUACCAAAAAGGACUUAUCGCCAGGACGCAUUGGUAAAUUCGGUGCGGACUUACUUAUUGAAAUAUUACUCUGUUCUUUUACUGUACUUGUGACGGUACCUUUUCUAUGGCUUGCUGUGGCCAUGGCCAAAUACCACCAUGUGCAGGUGACCGACUCGAGGUCGAAUUUCAUAAAGCAGGCCACAGCGACCGCCUCCACGCUAUUCACCAUUCUGUUUGCCGCUGUACUAGGCUCGACUUUGAAGCGAUUGGCAACAUGGCGGCUGCAGAAUGGAAUUCGCCUCGGUCAUCUAGAGCAGAUCAUGCAGAGCCGAACCGUCUUUGCUGCUCUAACAACCAUGGUCGCCUUUCGCGCAGUCAACAUCACGGCAUUUGUCCUUUUCUUUACAUGGGCAUUUUCUCCCCUUGGAUCUCAGGCGUCUUUGCGACUUAUCGGUACAGGAACUCUUUACACGACAAACUCGUCCUUGGUUAGCCAUGUUGACACGACGACAAAUAACAUUUUCGACUCUGUCUCAGGUGUUUCGUCCUUGAUGACAGCACUGAAACCCAGUUACGUCAGUUCGGUACUUGGACCUUCAAGUCUCAAGGCCGGCUCCAUGGAUUUGUAUGGAAAUCCCAAGAUUCCUUGGCUCCGAACCGAUGUUGAGAAGGAUGCAAACGGGUGGCAGGAUCUUUCAAAUGCCAACCUUACUGAGGGCUCCUACUCUUCGCUCGUUGGACUUCCCAUUAUCUCGUUAGCGAACCGCAAUUCUAGCUUCGUGGUUGAGACCACAUACAUGAAAUUGGACUGCGAGAAACCAAAGAACGAGACGCUGAUCGAAAUAGGGUUGAACAUGACAGAGAUCGCAAACGGUACCUUCUUCGGUCCCAACACUACAGCCUCCGCCGAUGAUACCGGAAUUCCUCCAUCUUGGCAAGUCGCUAUGGACCAGUUUGUGAGCAACAACUAUUUUUAUGGUUACCCGGAACAACUGGUCAACAGCUCGGAUGCCAACAUCCCACAAGGCACAUUGCUAUGGCAGACUCCACAUGGACCGUGGCAAGCUCGGUGUAAGAUCAACCAGAUUUACAUUGAGUCAAAUGUGAGCUGCUCUUCUGUAGAGGACGCACAAAUUCCAAAGUGCGCUGUGCUGGCGCAGCGCGAGUCUCCCAAGAAACACGCACCCUCAACUGUUACCACUUUUAGCUUUGCCUCAACCUUUAGUUCGAUGGCUCAACGAUGGAUCCUGGCGACCGAUCCGUUGACAAGCUCAGGUUACUCCUCCCUCAGUGAAUACUAUCUGCAGAACACGACCGCACCGUUCAUUUUAAGUGGCAAUGGUAGAGAUUAUGCCGAUUAUUCCAACGUCACCGCUGAAGAAUUUUCGCAACGGCUCGGCCAACUGGCCAACAGCUGGGUUCUUGGGAGCCAGGUGUCGGCAGACACGAUGCAAUAUCUGUUGAAUUAUCAGAAUCUCACGGCCUUUUAUGUGGAAGGACAUCCGGUUUAUAUCUGUUCGUGGGCGUGGCUGACCGUCUACUGCGUUGGAAUAGCAGUCAUGUUCACCGCCGCCCUGGUCAGCAUUUACUGCGCGUUCAACACCACGAUACCGGACAUCCUGAGCUAUUGCUCCACAUUCACAAGAGACUCGAGAUUUUUCGACACUGCCAAGGGAGGAAGUACCCUUGACGGGUUGGUGAGAGCCAAGAUCUUGAAAGAUGUGGAGGUUAGGCUGGGUGAAGUAGCCGAUGAAUCGGACCAUAGUCUCUCAGGCAGAGAUGGGUUCCAAAAUGCGGUGCAUGAAGGCCAAGGCACCAGGUAUCUGGCGAUUGCACCACCCGAAUAUUUACGACCACCAAAACGUGGUGUAAUUUACGCUUGA